CCCCGGCGGGGCGGGCGGCGCGGCCGCGCCUGGCAGCGCAGCGCCGCGCCGGCUCCGCGGCCCUCCCCGGGGCCGGCUCCGGCUCCGGAGGGCGGGGGGCCGCCGAAGCCUCUCCCCCUGCCCGGGCGGCCGGGCACACACGGCCGGCCCCGGAGCAGAGGCGGCAGCCGGAGGAGCGGCUCCGCGCCCCGCGCCGCCGCCCGGAGAUGCCGCCCGCCGCCCUCCCGCUGCUGCCGCUGCUGCUGCUGCCGCUGGCGCUGCCGGCGCGGACCGCGGCCCCCCCGCGCAGGCCUACGUUUGCAUGUGGAGGAGUUGUAUCUGGAGAGUCAGGGUUUAUUGGGAGUGAAGGAUUUCCUGGAGUCUACCCUCCAAACAGCAAAUGCACGUGGAAAAUCACAGUCCCAGAAGGCAAAGUGGUGGUUCUGUCUUUUAGAUAUUUAGACCUGGAGAGUGACAACCUGUGCCGAUACGACUUUGUGGAUGUGUACAACGGCCACGCCAACGGACAACGCAUCGGCAGGUUCUGCGGCACCGUGAAACCGGGUGCCCUCGUAUCCAGCAGCAAUAAAAUGCUGGUGCAGAUGACCUCAGAUGCUAAUACUGCUGGAAGUGGAUUCAUUGCUAAGUUUUCUGCAGCAGAACCACACGAAAGAGGGGAUCAGUACUGUGGGGGACGACUGGAGAAGCCUUCUGGGUCCUUUCAAACUCCCAAUUGGCCGGAUCGAGAUUAUCCAGCGGGAGUCACGUGCUCCUGGCACAUUGUCGCCCCAAAGAAUCAGCUAAUAGAGUUAAAGUUUGAGAAGUUUGAUGUGGAAAGAGACAACUACUGCAGAUAUGACUACGUUGCAGUGUUUAAUGGUGGGGAAAUCAAUGAUGCUAAAAGAAUUGGGAAAUACUGUGGAGACAGUCCACCCGCGCCUAUUCUGUCUGAGAGAAAUGAGCUGCUCAUUCAGUUUUUGUCUGAUUUAAGUUUAACAGCUGAUGGUUUUAUUGGCCAUUACAAAUUCAGACCAAAAAAGUUACCCACAACCACAGUUCCACCUACUACAACGAUAGUCCCAGCUACAUCAGCUUUGAAACCUACAGUUGCCCUGUGCCAGCAGAAGUGUAGGAAGAGUGGGACUCUUGAAAGCAAUUACUGUUCAAGCAACUUCGUAAUAACUGGAACUGUAAUCACAACAAUGACACGGGCUGGCAGUCUACAUGCAACAAUAUCAAUCAUUAAUGUAUAUAAGGAGGGAAAUUUAGCAAUUCAACAAGCAGGCAAAAGUAUGAGUGCCAAGAUUCUUGUUGUAUGUAAGCAAUGUCCUCUGAUCAGAAGAGGUUUAAACUACAUCAUCAUGGGCCAGGUAGAAGAAGAUGGCAGAGGCAAAGUCUUGCCCAACAGCUUUGUCAUGAGUUUCAAGACUAAGAACCAAAAGAUCCUGAAUGCCUUGAAAAACAAAACAUGUUAAAGCUAAACUCUGCAGCUGCCUUCUAUCAUCUCUUUUGAAAAAUAAUUUUCACUUAGUAUAAGUCAUGAAAAUACAUCUGACCGUAAACACCAAGACCACGCUCACCCAUUCUUCCCACCCACUUAAGUAUACCCUGACACAAAGUGGUUUCUAUUGUAUACACCUAUCAAGAGGAGAACAGAUCCUAAAUGUUGAAGAUUUGCAGACAUUGGAUAUGAAACAUACCCAAUUCCAGUUACUUGGAAGCUAUUAAUUUAUAAUUGUCCAAUUUUUUAAAGGAGUUAUGUGAGUAUGUAAAAUAAGAAUUUUAAGUGCAAUAUUUAUAGUAACUCAUUUUAACUUAGCUUUUUCCUUGGAAGUUGUUUUAUUAUAUGGAUUCCAGCAUUAUUAUCUGUGCUUAAUAAAAUACUUUAAGAUUAAAUCAUA